AUCGCCCAGUUCCCUCGAGAACCGUGUACUUGCCACAUCCUACAAGAUGUCCAACCAAGGCCCCUCUCCCUCCGGCCCAGUGCCGAAACCAGGCAGAUAUCUCAAGAUCUCGCUCUACCUCCGCAAGCAACCCAACGUCACAGAUGCGUAUUUCCACGCCUACUGGGCUAAUAACCACCUCGAGCCGGCGCUAAAGAACAAGACCUUUACCGACAAAACCCGGCGCUACAACCAGCACCACGUCACUCCUGCUGAAAGAGAGCAGGCCAAGACCCUCGGUAUCCCGGUGCUCGAGUACGACGGCAUUGCAGAGGUGUGGGUGGACAGCUUGGAUGAUUGGAAGGCUAUUGUCUCCGACACGGAGUUUGUAAACGCCGUUGCCGCCGAUGAGCCUCACUUCAUCAUGGCGCCGAUUCAUGUCUUGAUCGGGUGGGACAAUCUCAUUAUUGGGGACGACUGGUCACCUAAAGGGGCAUAG